CUGAACCGUUUCUUGUAGUACUUAAUUGCAGAAAGAUCGAUCAAGAUCGAGCUGAAAAUUGAUAAUGGAUUGUGUUAAGUUGAGGUUUGGAAGAGAAGAAGAUUUAAGCGAUAUUUCUCCAUGGACUGCAAAGAACUUUACAUGUAGCUUUUGCAAGAGAGAAUUCAGGUCUGCUCAAGCUCUUGGGGGUCAUAUGAAUGUCCAUAGGAGAGAUAGAGCUAGGCUGCGACUCCUACCACCUAACUCGAUCCUUUCUUCUUCUGAAUAUUCUCCUUACCCUACUCCUAACCCUAACCCUAACCCUAACCCUAAGUCUUACUUCUCUCCGUCGCCAUCAUCAUCAUCUCUUUCAGGAGCUAAUAAGUACUUACCGCACUUGCUCUCUCCUCGGAGCACUUAUGUGUCCACACCUUCCUCAGGUACUUCAGAUCAUGAAAACAAGAAACUGAUGAUAUUCGACAGCGGCUCUCAUCAACAUCAUGUUCCUGCUUUCCUUAAUCCUAAGAAAAGCGUCAAGGGAGGCAGUGGUCUUGAUUAUGAGUUUGGAGAUUUACUCAAUGGUUUUGCUGGGAAUGCACAAAAACAUCAUCUUAAUGAUGAUUUCAAGGUUGUGAGGAAAGAUGAGAAGCAUAUCAACAUGAUUAGGGUGGAUUUGGACAUGGGGUUGCUGAUUAAAGAUCCAAAUAAGGAGGAACUGGAUUUGGAACUUCGACUCGGGCAUCUCUAG